AUGACAACAGCUCACAGACCUACUUUUGAUCCGGCGCAAGGUAAAGAAGCCCUCCGCGGCCCGGCAUACCACCAGCGACUUCUUCCCGCGCACACUCACCUGAAAACUCGUCAACCCGGACAAGGCGGCGACGCGGAUGCAGCUCCUCGUGACCUUCGCGCAGAGCUCCUCAAGGCCGAGGCUGCACACUUCGCUAAGAAGAACGGAGCCCCUGCCGAGCAGCCAACAAUUGAGGAGUUGGCACCCAAGCGCCAGCUCGAAGCCGCACCAGAAGGCACCGACGGUGGCGUCCAAGAAGAAGACCCAGAGGCUAAGCGCCGUCGCAUAUUGGAGGAGUCGCGUGAUAUAGACGCCGAUUCGGAUGGAUCAGAAGAAGAUAGCAGCGAUGAAGAUAGUGACGACGAAGAUGAAGCUGCUGAGUUAAUGCGCGAGUUGGAGAAGAUCAAAAAGGAGCGAUUAGCGCAAAAAGAGAAAGAGGAACGCGAACGGGCAGCAGAGGAGGAAGAGCAGCGCGAGGUCGAUAUUGCGCGCGGUAACCCUUUGCUCAACUCCCAGGACUUCAACAUGAAGCGCCGCUGGGACGAUGACGUUGUCUUCAAGAACCAGGCUCGCGGAACGGAAAACAGAGACGGCAAAGAGUUUGUCAACGAUCUCCUGCGCUCCGAUUUCCACAAGCGGUUCAUGGGCAAAUACGUGCGGUAG